AUGUCUCUUGACUCUCAAUCAGCUGAGCUUUUCACUGCUCUUACCAGAGAUGAAGAUCCUCUUGAACGUUGAGUUGCUUUCACUUUUCCAACACGAAAAAGUUUUAUCGUUCCCAGUGAAUCACAAGCAAAGGAAAUCGUUUUGCAUCCUAAAGUAAAAGUUACCAUGAAAACUGAUGGUCAAGAUACAGAAGAUGAUAUUCAGGGUAAUUGUACAGUCGCUUAUUUAUCACAUUGUUUGUCUUGGAAUAAGAAUAAAUCAUCUUGUAGUUCAAUGGGUGCAAUUUCUUACCGAUGGUUUCAUGAUGGUUGCUGUGAAUGCGUUGGUCUUAUUGAUUUGGGACUUGAUGAGUCCAAAUGUCUUCAUUGUCCAUUGAUUGGCAACAAGAACGACGAACCAUCCGAAAAAGCACCGAAUUCAGUAGUUAAUGACUUGUAA